GUCAUUACUGGAAAAAUCUUUAAUCUUUGGCGGCUCUUGCCGGUUGCGGCGGCGGCGCGUUUUGUCUGCCUGACCACUGGCCGAGAGCGGUAGAGCUGGUCGCAGUCGUGCAUUCUGUCGCAAUCGCAGCUCGAGAGCGCUCAUCUCGCACCGCUCGCUGCCCGUCGGACUAUCCGAGACUCUCGAAAUUUUCCCGCCAAAAAUUUUCGCGAGUUUUAUUUUAUUUUUAUUCAUUUAUUUUUUUUAACGAUUCAUUCGUGUAUUUGCAAUGCAGUGAUCGAUUUUAUUUUGUGAUGCGUUGUUACAUUGCUUUUAUUUUGUUCUUUGUGUUUUUGCCAAAAUCAACUAAGGCGAUUCGAUGGUUAGCUUUGCAUGAGAGCGAAGGCAACUGGACGGAGAAUGAUUGCUUGGAGGCUCGUCGCGCGGGCUGGCUGUGGGGCGGGCAGGCGCGAGCGUGCCGGCGCCAACCUUCGGCCAUGCCGCACGUGGCGGGAGCUGCGCGCCUCGCUCGGGCUGCCUGUCUCUCCGCGCACCAGGGCGAGCGCUGGAACUGCUCAUCAAUUGAACUUGCUCCCAAAUUUACUCCUGACCUCCUCACAGGCACUCGCGAGCAAGCAUAUGUGUACGCAAUGUCUGCGGCGGCGCUGACGUGGUCGGUGGCUCGCGCGUGCGCGGCCGGCUCGUUGCCAGCGUGCUCGUGCGCUGCGCCUCCGCGUGCGCCGCCUCGUCCUCCGCGACAGGCACAGAUCACACCUGCCGAGCCUCAUGCCAGAUUCAAAUGGGGUGGAUGUGGAGAUAAUUUUCAAUGGGCUGAAAGGUUCGCGAAGCAAUUUCUAGAUGCUCAUGAAAUAGACGUCCGAGAAGGUAAAGUGGAUAAUAUCCUGGAAAUAGAGACAACUACGACAGAGCUACCUACCACUACUACCACUACAACAACAACUAUAGAACCAACCACGAUACCACCCGUAGUCAUCUUAGUGGAUGACCAGCCCGCGCCAGCUAAUACCAGUACACCUCCAAAGAUCAAGAAGAAAGGACGUCGCGGACGAAAGCGUCUACCACGAUCCCCGCGACGAGGCCGGCCUACACGGAAAAGGUUCAGAUCUAGACCGAGGUAUGACUAUGACGACAGAGGCUCCAGAUACCGCAAUAUCGAAUAUCGUAUGGCGGCCGACGACCCGAGGUUUGACCCUCAAGUGGAUUUGCGAACACGACUCGAACGACUGCGAGAGCUAAUUGCAUCUGCUAACCUGAUGAAUGGACGAUUUGGAAGAAAGGAAAUGCAACGCGAGCCUGGGCAGCGCAGCAGGCGGGUGCGGACGGCUGUGCUGCGGUCGCGGGCGGCGCGCGGUGCGGUCGAGCCGGUUGGAGCGCUGCCACUGCCGGUACCACUGGUGCUGCCGCGUCGACUGCCAGCUCUGCCGCCUCACCACCGAGGAACACUACUGCAACUGAUCUACUUAAGCACCGGUUAUUCUUACGGAACUUAAAUUAAAAAGCAUACCAAAUUAGCUGUAGGAGAAUAUCUCCAAAUUACAGCUACCUAAUCAAAGAAACUUAUCUGUAUACAUUAGGUAGAUACCACUCUUUGCACAAGUUAACGAAACCGAAAUAAAUUACUUUGAGGAGCAUUUCGAACUCCGACUCUGGAGGACAAAUUUUCAUUUACCAAACAAUUGUUAACAUUACUUAACAAAUAAUAUGUUAUAGGCCUUCGAAUAACAUGGUGACCGCCUUACCAUGUUUAGACAAUAGCAUUUUUUACGGUGAUUAAUUUUAAGCCGUACAAGUAUAUUUUGAACCAAAGAGAUACAAUAUAAUAUUUGACUAGUCAUAUACCUUCCUAAGCAAUUGAUAUUAAAUAGUUCCGAUUAUCUCUUGUAAUGCUUGUUAACUUGUAAUCCUUAAAACUACUGAAAAAAGGAAUACGCUUGUUUUCGAAUUGCUUAAAAGUUUUCGUGAAAGUUAAUAAAUUGAGACGCUGGAAUAAGAAUACUCACCGACCAACUGUGAACUAAAUUUGAACCAUUUCAUAAGGUUAAUUAAUUGAGAUCUCCAGGUACUGAGGUACCUCUUCCAAUGACAAAUCCUGCGAACUGUGUAUGCAAUUUACGUUAUUGUGAGAAAUAUUUUGAACAGCGUUAUCAGUACUUUACUGUACGUACUUAGAACUCUUCACAUUUCUAAAUGGUUUUAUUUAUUCGUUAAGACUGUCUGUUAUUUUGUAACAUAUCGGAAGUUAUAAUUCCAGUGUAUUAUGUAAGUUAGUAUGUACUUUCAAAUAUUUCGACAAUAAAUUGUAUUGAGUAAAAAAUUACAACGUGUUUGUCCACCGCUGUAUAUUCAGCUAUUAUGUAUAUUCCGUUUAGUGCUAAUGCACAUCUCUAUUCUGUCACGAAGAUUUGUAAUCUUUUUAAUAAAAGACAUAAUUUAUUCUACGGUAGGUAAAUGUACUAAGUAUUUUAUUCCUAGUGUCAUUUAUUCGCAUUGGUGUACAUAUUGUAGUAUUUAUUAAACUCUUCCCUACUUACUUGUAGAUUUAGACAUUUUUCUGUCAAAUUAACUUUAAUGAUUCGUAGUUUUAGUCGUAUUCGAUAUCUAUAGACGUUUCAUGUCAAAUGAUAAUUUAUUACUUAGCUGUUUAAGAUCCCUUGUAUAUAAAAGUCGUACUUAGAAUAGAACAUAAAAAGCUGUUUCAUUUACAAAUCAAAUAAACCUUUCGCUACUUUUAUAUAUAUAUA